AUGUACUCACAACAAAAAAGUCAACAGACAGUAAUCGAUCUUAAACUUUGGAUUUUCAAGUUUAUCCGCAAUGAUAAGGAUGAAUUUGCUAUAUGCGUGGAAGGUUAUCGAAAGAAAGACGUCGAAGAACGUGAACUGGAAAAUUGGCGCAGUACAGCAAUCCAGGAAAGAUAUAACUCAGUGACAUUACUAACUAUUAGCGGCUCCAAAUAUGUUUUACAUGGAGUAAUUGAUCAAGAUUCAGCAUAUGGACUUGGAUAUCCAAAGACACUAAUUGAAAGGUUCAAAGAUGGUUUUCCAUAUGAAUGGCGAGAACUUCUAGGCGAUUAUUACAGUAAUGUGGUGAGGCCUAAUAAACUUAAUGUAUCUCAAAGAUUACAUUCUGUGCUUCUCAGUGGUGUACUUCUAGAUAUAUCCAAAUGCUCACGUACCGAUGGACGUCGCAUACCAACGUUUAGAGACGUUUUUGGUGGACAUGAAGUGUCAUCACUUUCGAAUAGUGAUACGAAACACGCGAAAUAUUUGUUAAUCAAAGAAAAAAUUGUGGAGGAAGAUGAAGAAAUAAAUAACGAACAACUCUUUGCAUCCACCUCUUCUGAUAAGUUCACAAAUCCAGUCGGUGGAUUCCCGAGAAAUCUUGGCUCAUCUAUCGCAUCUUCAAGUCAUGAUUCCACUAAACAAAAGUUGAUUCUAAAAUGUGAGAACCAGUUUAUGUCAGUUAAUGCUGGCAAACGUGCUACUGAGAUGAAGAUGUCUGAUGAGAAAGCGAUUUUUGAAGACAAACCGCAAGAAGAUACGCUGUUUAAAAUGCCGCUAUUACCACUUCAGCGACGUCGUCCAAAAGCAGUAGAUUUAUAUAACUGGACAAUACGAUUUUCUGCAAAUGACUUAGGACAUUCGAAGCUUUUCCCAAAUUUCGCUUUUGUUAUAGUUGGUUUUCGUCCGGACAAAAAAUUGGAUUGGAAAACAUCAUGUAUUGUUGCGGUGGAAGGUAAUCGUUUGCUGCGAACUGAAACAGGUGCAUAUGAACUGAUGGGACCGAUCAAUACAAUAUUAGCUUUGCAGCAAGGAUUUCCGAGAGAGUUUGUGACACAAUUCCUGAAUGGAUUUCCAAAAGAUUGGCAUCGUAUCCUGUCACUGUUUUUCAGUACAUACAUUGAGCCGCAACUACCGCCGCAGCAAUCGCUAACUAUUUCUGAAAUUCAUGACGAUGAUGAAGUGGGAAUUUUACAUCGCCGUGGUUUUGAACCGAGUGUCAAAAAGUGUUUAUCUGUUGAUAGUGAUUCUCAGAGUAGUGACUCUGAUGGCUUAUCUUAUGAGGACAGCAUCCCAAACUGUAGGGAGGAUCUAAAGUCUACAAAAUGUCCCACUUCGAAGAAAUUUUUUCGAUAUCGAAUUGAAGAUUCAUAUCGCGUAAAGACUGGAAAGCGAAGAGAUAAUAAGCAUCGACAAAGCAAAGGUUUUAUUUUCCCAGCAAAGCGAGUGAAGCAUGAAGAAAAGGAUGCAGUGAGAAAUUCUGCGGACCUUUUGCUGUUGAAAACGACUAGAAGCGGUCGUGCUAUUAAACCACGCCUGGCGACGUGGACAGGACAACGAAUUGUGUACAAUGUUCAUGGUUCACCAAUAAAAGCUGUCGGUAUUACAACAGAUUCCAUUUAUUCGACAAGCACAUCUGAUAUGAGCUCUUUAUCAACUCUCCGUGAGAUGAAUUUACGAGAAAUGCUGCAGAAAGAAGGCCGAAAACCUAGUUUUCACAAUACCAACAUUAAAAGUGUCCCUCUUGUUGCUUACAGCGACAGUAAAAGCUCUUCUUCCAAUGAUGAUGAUGAUGAUGAUGAUCGAAGACUGUCUCCGCUUAUACCCCUAACGCCUUUUUGUGGAAAACGUGGACAUCGCAGUUCACGCAUGAUUAUAUCUUCACCAGAGGAAGGCGUAAAAAGAAAGACGGCAAAAAUACAUAAAUUACGUAAACACCGAAUUAAAACUUCUAGGAAUAUUGUUCCGAAGCAGAAGAACAAGUCUAUGAAAGCACAAAGGAAGGAUGACGACAAACAGCAUAGCGUUAAGGAAACUGCACCGAUUGUAUCGUUCAGCGAUGUGGAAUCGGAGAACGGUAUUGUGGAAAAUGCAAAGGCGGGCAGAAUUGCAAACAGCAAUGUCACUGAAAUGUUAGCAGUUCGUGCUAUAUGCCCACAAAACUGGGAAGACUGGGAAAAUAUUGCUGCAUUGAUGCGAACACAUACGGCGGAAGAAUGUCGUAGGCAAGCACUACAGGUUUUAAAACUGAAUAUUAUUCCAAAAGAAAGUAAAACGAUGGAUGUACCAGCUGAUGUGGUGGAUGCGCUUAGAAAAACCAAAGUUGGCACGCUUGCAUAUCAAAUCCAAGCGGAUCGAUUCACUCGGCAGUAUCUGAAAGCAGGCAAUGGUUCAGACUUUUUCGAAGAAACAAUGGAUAUGGAACCGAGAGGAAGAAAAGUGGCAAUGAUGCCAUCAGUGACAACUUUUGACUCCGAUGACUCAUUACUAUCUGUCUUGCGUACACCAACACCAAAAUCUGUCCGAAGGAAUAUACGUCGAAAAAAGUUAAUUCGCAUCCCUGAAUCACCAGGUUGUUCAACACCGAGAAAUUCGCCAAAGGAUUCCUAUGUUCCAUUCAGACUUGAUCCAGAUGAUGAAACUUACAGAGAACAACAGUUACGCUAUGUUCACAAAAUGUUAAAAGCAAGGAAUCAAUACGGUAGAAGUCGUGCAAAUGUAACAAAAUCAUCCAUUUCGAAAGACUAUCAUUUACACGUGCCAAUGGCUCAGUGUCACCAGAACGACAGUGACAAAGAAUCAGAACCAGAUGAAUAUUUUGAAGAGGAAGAGGAUUGAUGUCUCAUUACUGCAUUCAUUAACUCUAUUAUAAAUGACAUGUUAAACACUUAGGAAAUCGAAAGGCUACAACUUCCUGCAUUUGCAUCUUUUGUGAAU